GGUGAAGUAUUUGGAUGGGGUAACUCUGAGUACUCACAGUUUAGGAUGAUCACAGAGGAACAGCAACUUCAUACACCUACUCAUAUUCCUUUAGGUAUCGGAAAAGUAAAAGAUAUCGCUAGCGGGGGUACAAUUUGUCUGGCUCUAAAUGAAGAUGGGGAUGUAUAUGUAUGGGGAUACGGUAUACUAGGAAAAGGUCCUAAUCUCAACACCGCUAUAAAGCCGGAAAAAAUUCCUCCAGCGUUAUUCGGAAUUUCACCUUUCAGCCCCGACAUUAAGAUUACGAGUUUGCAUGCUGGUUUGGGACAUCAAGCUGUUGUGAAUUCAUCAGGUGAUCUGUAUAUCUGGGGGCAGAACCGUGAAAGAUGUUUAGGACUAGGAGAACACGGAAACCAGUUUUUCCCGCUUAAAAUUGCCAUUCCUGGCCGCGUUAAAGAGGUGUCAUUGGGAGUGGAUCACUCUGCAGUUAUUGCCUCAGCUUGGACAUAAUUCUUAUCUUACAACCCGAACCUCUCAGUUUAUUUUCUGCAAAGAAUGAAAGUUGUUUCCAAAACACCAUUUCUCGGUUCUCCCCCUCAACCAUUUGAUGAAAACAAUUAAAUUAGAAUCAGAUUUUUUAAUGUUAAUUUUGAUAAUUUUUUUUCAUGCGUAUUUUGGCAACAUGAAAUAACCCACAAACAUGGAUUUAAAUGGAAAGAAGAAUAAUGGAAAACAUUUUUUGUGACACCAUUUGGUUGGUUCAUCGAAGUUUAAAUGUUUAAGUGGAUUUUACUUGCGCGCAAUUGCGAGCCCUCUAAACUCCGCGCAAUUCAAGAACAGUUGAAAACAGUUGUAAACAAAUAGUACCUGAAUUCUUGUCAUAUUCACCAUAUUUUCAGA